AUGACUCCGGCAUAGAGACCCGGCUUUAACCGCGGUUGAAGGAUCUCUCUGUAAAAUCGCGGUCGUCGAGGUGGAGAAAAAUAACAUACAUGGCACGAUAGGGGCUCGUAAAGUUGGAAGGUGACUCGUGCAACAAUCCCGCAGACUCGUGGUCGUCAAGUGCAAUCCUGUGGACAAGCGCCUUUGCUACCGGCACGCCCGAGGCUGCAUCCGCCGCGCCGUACGGGAUUAUGAGCUGUGACAGUCUUAACCUUUAAUGACAGCCCCGCAUAUCCAGGUAACGUACCUUUGUCGUGUCCGAGAAGCGCGCCCGUGCGAGGAACGGAUUCUUGAUAACAGUUUGCAGUGCAUCGCGUUGUGAAAGUCAUUUAUUACCCUACGGUCGAAGAAAAUCUCGAUCGACGCGCGGCUCCCCGCGCCGCAGUUUACAUAAAGAACUUCAAAAUGCAGACGAUAAAAUGUGUUGUGGUAGGCGAUGGAGCAGUUGGUAAAACAUGUCUCUUGAUUUCAUAUACUACAAACAAGUUUCCUUCUGAAUACGUGCCUACUGUUUUCGACAAUUAUGCAGUAACUGUGAUGAUAGGAGGUGAUCCAUAUACAUUAGGAUUAUUUGAUACAGCAGGUCAGGAAGAUUAUGACAGAUUGCGUCCUUUAAGUUAUCCUCAGACCGAUGUGUUUCUCGUAUGUUUCUCGGUUGUAUCGCCGUCGUCAUUUGAAAAUGUGAAAGAAAAAUGGGUGCCAGAAAUAACGCAUCACUGUCAGAGAACUCCAUUUUUACUCGUCGGAACGCAAAUUGAUUUGAGAGAUGAUGUGGCAACAAUAGAAAAACUUGCAAAGAACAAACAGAAGCCGAUAUCUGGAGAGCAGGGCGAAAAACUCGCCAAAGAACUCAAAGCUGUAAAAUAUGUAGAAUGCAGUGCUCUGACACAGAAAGGUUUGAAGAAUGUAUUUGACGAAGCUAUUUUAGCUGCACUGGAACCGCCUGAGCCAGUGAAGAAAAGGAAGUGUACACUUCUGUAAGGUGACACGAAGUAUUGCCAUCGUUGGGACGCAUGCCUGAUUUCAAAACGACACUGUAGUACCAGGCGACGAACGUGUGUGUAGUACACUCUGUAUUAAAUAGAACUACAUUUUUUUGCUUAUAUGGAGUUUGUAAUCGUAUUUGGAAAGAAUAAGCAAAUCGCCAGACGACUGCAGACACAUUCCACGGGGCAUUGAGGCGUGCGAUAAUAACUGAAUUUAUAAAAUCGUAUAAAAUUUUUCUAUCAAAUAAUGACUUUUUUGAAGAAAAGUUAUUGCACAAAGUUUUCACUUUUCCAAUACUUUUGAGAGGGAACUAAUUAGAAUGGGGAUUUUCAAACAAAUUUUGAGAUCGUUCUAAACUCGUCAACUUUUGACGUUUACACUUAAAAGGAACAGAGAUGGAGAAACAAAUAGAGAUUGGUGCUAUUGUUCAACAAUAUUUUUUAAGUCAAAACGUUUAUAUAAGUAUUCUGAGUCGUCGGUAUCUGACAGAGUACUUGUUUGAGUAAUGGAGUGCUCAAGUAUCGUUCGCUAGAGCGACGAUCAUUUUUCUCGAUACAUAUUCGAAUGAAAUUUCUGUUCUCGGCGACGUCAGUAUUAGGAACUUUAUGGUGAAUGUAUAAAAUGAUAAGUAUCAUAAACGUAAUAAGCAGUAUCACUUAGAUAUACUAUCAAUUGCAUGUCACAGAAAGGUUAUUACUAAUUCUAACAACACGUCUAUUAUAAAGUAUCGUUAUUGAUAUUGGAGGCUCUUGUAUUGCGUUUUUGACACCGUGAACUUAUUUGAAUGUUAAUAUAAUUUCAGAACGAAAAUAUAUUCAUUGCAGCAAAUUGUCAAAUAGUUUCAUCACUUGCCCUGUUUUGAAGUGUAUUAUCGCAAAAAGCUCUCUAAUAUCAAUAAUAAAUAUUCGGAUUAUAUCUUUUGAGGACACAUGGCAGCUGUCUUGAUGAAAGAAAGCUUUCAGGAAAAUCGACCAAUUGUUUUGUAUGUUUUUGAAUGCUGUUUUUCUACAUAGCAAACUAUUUUCAGCAACUUUAUUACCUAAUGAAUCAGAGUUAAAGAGCUUCUAAACAAAUGUUAGCCUUCCUUCCAUCCUACAAUUGUACUGGAUGCAUUUGGAACAUGAUAGAAAGCUUUAAGACUGUUUAAAAGAUUAUACGGAGUAAGAAAGCAUAGGACGAUUGCCCGUAAUGGGGAAAAUAAUGAUAACGGGGGUGGGGAGGGAAAGGUAAAAUAAUGGCACACUGUACCAAUUUUGGACAAUGCUAUAAACAAUAUUUACAAUUUCCACUUAAGAUUGUAUACGCGAAAUUCUUUCAAUUAUCACGAUGCUGCAUGCAAUGAAUUUAUAAACGAUUCAGUCCCGGCGGCAUGCGACUGGCUGAUUUUUUAUGUAAUUGUCCGAAAUGUCGCAUAUCGUUAGUACUAUUAAGCACAUACGAAUGUUCGUCGCGAUGCAUUCGAUAUGUGGACGUCGAGUAGAAGGAGUGUUGCGAGAGAAAGCAUUUUAUCAAAAAGGUUUAAUCAACUUUUACACUACGAAUCCAGUUAAACGUAACAGCAUUUAUUAGCACUAUAAUGUGUCGCAACAUGUAGACACGAUCAUGUAACGAAAUAUUCGCAUAAAUAUAUUUAUACCAUGUAUUCGA